AUCUGCUCCUCCUCCUUCAGUGAAGCUCCUCCCACUGCAAUUCACCAAUAAAUGUUGGAAUAUUCCCAUCAGCCUACAAGUGAAGACGAGCAUCAAACCAUCUGAAAUCUGAGUUUAUUGAAGGACAGUAAGAACAUGAGAGAUCCAGAACACUGCAGAAUGAAACACACUGAAGAACAAAGAGAUGUGAUGCUGGAGAAUGAGGAGAGUGAAGAGGAGGAGAAAUAUCAUGUCAAAACUGGAGAUAAAACUCACUCACAGACUGAAAGUAUUUCUUUACUGAAAAGAAGAGACAAGAAACGUUUCACCUGCCGUCAGUGUGGAAAGAGUUUCACAUACAAAAAGUGCCUCAGGGAUCACAUGAGGAUCCACACUGGAGAGAAACCGUUCACAUGUGAUCAGUGUGGAAUGAGUUUUAGACAACAAGGAACCCUUAAGGAACAUGUGAAAAUCCACACUGGAGAAAAACUGCAUCAGUGUGAUCAAUGUGGCAAAACAUUUGUGAGGGCUUCAGGCCUGAAGAUCCACCUGACGGUUCAUUCACAGGAGAAACCACAUUCAUGUUCUUUGUGUGGAAAGAGUUUUUCAUUACUGCACUGUUUAAAACUACAUCAGAAAAUACAUACUGGUGAAAAAACGUAUGUGUGCUUUGAAUGCGGGAAGAGUUUUAUAAGAGCUGGACAAUUGAAACUGCAUCAGAGAAUUCACACUGGAGAGAAACCUUACAAGUGUUCACACUGCGACAAGAGAUUCAAUCAGUCAGGAACCUUGAAAGCACACGAGAGGAUCCACACUGGAGAGAAACCGUAUCACUGCACUGCAUGUGGGAAGAGUUUCAACCAAUCAUCUGCUCUACGCAGUCAUACAAAAAACAAUCACACUGAAAAAUGUGUAAAUCUGUACUAACCAGCCACAAGUAACAGGACAAAGAAACUUAAUCUAAAUUUGUCACAGUGAAUAAAGUUCUUCUUCAACACCAGCAGCUUCAACUGUGAGAUUCAGAAAAAUAAAUGAAAAAAAGCUUGUAUAGUCUUUGUUUACACUUUUAUUAAGGAAAGUAGAAGUUUUUUUCAGGUUCAAACUGUUCUUGUUCUGGAAGCUGAAGAAGAGGCUGAUUUACUUUUUAACAUUCUUUGCUGUUUGUAAAUCAACUAGUUAAGUCUUCCUGUUAUAGUGUAUUUAGAAAAUGCAGAUGUCGCUUUUAACUGUCCUUCACUUAUUGUCUUGAGAUCAGUGGUGUAACUUUGUUUUAAAAAGUAGGUUGAAAAAGUAGGGGGGGGGGGGUAUUGUAAUUGUAUCAUUACAAUAAUAAAUUCACAAAACCUCAUGUUUAUUAUGAAAGUUUUGUCCUUACGUCUACUACAAUACAAUAUAUUGUUAGUCUUAAAGAGUAUUUACAUUAGCCAAUAAAUACUUUGAUUCACGUUUAGUGUUAGAUUGUCCUGAUGAACUAGGGGUAGAAUUUUUGUUCAGCAUGCCAGAGGUUCUGGGUUCUAAUCCACCCUUGUGUAAUUUAUUUUAUUUUUUUCUCUUUAAAACCAAAGAUGUUCAUCUGUGAUUGUAUAUCAAAAAAAUUGUAUAUCAAGAGCAGCGAAUAUCAUUAAUAAUAAUAGUAAUAUCAUUACGCCUGCUGCACCCAUGGUACGACAGCAAAUUUCCUUGAUUAUUACGCUGAAAUGAGAGUAUAGUUCCUAGCCAUAUUGGCCUAGAAAAUCGCAACUUUUCAUUUUCCGUCGGUCUUAGUACACAAUGUAACUACAGAAGAGUCAAGUUUUAAAUAGGAAAAAGAUCAAAACUCUUUGGUCAUUUUUGAGCGAGAUGCUAACGGUCUAAUCAGAUUCAAUGAACUAUGCUAAGCUAUGCUAAAAGUGGUACCGCCAGACCCGUAGAUCGGCUGAAUGGAUUCGAAAACGGUAAAACUCAACUGUUUAACUCUAGGGGAGUUGGAAAAUGAGCCUAUUUUAAAAAAAAGUGGAGUGUUCCUUUAAGGUAUUAUGCUUGUUAAUGCGUAUUAUUGUUAUUUUGUUAACUGUUCUAUCUGUUACUGUUUGAUAGAUAAACGAGGAUGUUUAUUUAAGGGGGAUGGGACGUAUGUAACGGGUACAUUUUUGAAGUUGAUGUUCAGGCAAUAGGGUUGCGUUUGUGUGUGUGCAUUACCUUCUAUCCCUCGGGGCUUGCCGUAAGCAAAGUUGGGGGGCACGUGCGAAAAACGACAAUGCCCAUGUUGUGCCAUGUGGGGUUGUGGAGUGAAGUAGAAUAAAAAGACAUUGUUUAUAUAA